UCAGUCAAGUGACGCGGAGCGGCUGGCCCCGGCGCCGACUCUGGAGUCCAGAGGCUGGAGGGUGGACAUGCCGGGGCUCGAGCGCAUCCUGUCCCUGCUUCUGGUGCCGCUGCUACUGGGCUCUGAUUGUCACUUGAGUGAUGCUUCCCCGAGGACCUUCGAAAUCGACUACAAGCACGACCGCUUCCUCAAGGAUGGCCGGCCAUUCCGCUACAUCUCUGGCAGCAUUCACUACUUCCGAGUGCCCCGCUUCUACUGGAAGGACCGGCUGCUGAAGAUGAAGAUGGCGGGGCUGAACGCCAUCCAGACGUAUGUGCCCUGGAACUUCCAUGAGCCCCAAAAGGGACAGUACCAGUUCACUGGGGAGCAUGAUGUGGAGCAUUUUAUUCAACUGGCACAGGAGCUGGGGCUGCUGGUUAUCCUGAGGCCUGGGCCCUAUAUCUGCGCGGAGUGGGACAUGGGAGGAUUACCUGCUUGGUUAUUAGAAAAUCCAUCUGUUGUUCUCCGUUCUUCUGAUCCAUAUUACCUUGAGGCUGUGAACAAGUGGCUGGGAGUCAUCCUGCCCAAAAUGAAGCCUCUGCUGUAUCAGAAUGGAGGGCCCAUUAUAACAGUGCAGGUUGAAAAUGAAUAUGGCAGCUACUUCUCCUGUGAUUAUGACUACCUGCGUUUCCUGCAGAAGAGGUUCCACUACUACCUGGGUGAUAACGUGCUUCUGUUCACCACCGAUGGGGCACGACAAGCAUUUCUGAAGUGUGGGGCACUGCAGGGGCUCUACACCACGGUCGACUUUGGAGCAGACAGCAACAUCACAGCUGCUUUCCUAGCCCAGAGGAAUAGUGAGCCCAGAGGGCCCUUGGUAAAUUCUGAAUUCUACACUGGCUGGUUAGACCACUGGGGUCAACCUCACUCAACAGUGAAGGCUGAAAAUGUGGCUUCCUCCCUCUAUAACAUUCUUGCCCUUGGAGCUAGUGUGAACUUGUACAUGUUUAUAGGAGGAACCAAUUUUGCCUAUUGGAAUGGGGCCAACAUACCCUACCAACCGCAGCCUACCAGCUACGACUAUGAUGCCCCCCUGACUGAGGCAGGGGACCUCACUGAGAAGUAUUUUGCUGUGAGAAAUGUUAUUAAGAAGUUUGAAAAUGUACCAGAAGGUCUUAUCCCUCCAUCCACACCAAAGUUUGCAUAUGGAAAAGUUACUCUGGAAAAGUUGAAGACAGUGGAGGAAGCUCUGGGCAUUCUGAGUCCCGCUGGACCCAUACAAAGCCGUUAUCCCUUGACGUUUGUACAGGUGAAACAGUAUUAUGGGUUCGUCCUGUACCGAACAAUGCUUCCUCUAGACUGCAGCCAACCAACACCCCUCUCUUCACCUUUCAAUGGUGUCCAUGAUCGGGCCUACGUCUCCGUGGAUGGGGUCCCCCAGGGAAUCCUCCAGCGAAAUUAUGUACUCACGCUGAACAUAACUGGGAAAGCUGGAGCCACUCUUGACCUUCUGGUGGAGAACAUGGGACGGGUGAACUAUGGCAAUAACAUCAGUGAUUUUAAGGGUCUGGUUUCUAACCUCACGCUCAACUCCACUAUCCUCACAAACUGGACCAUCUUUCCGCUGAACACAGAGGAUGCCGUGCGCAGCCACCUUGGGGGCUGGGGUGGCCGUCACAGCGGCCCCCGUGAUGAAGCGCGUGCCCGAGGCUCAGCGAACUACACACUCCCGGCCUUCUAUAGUGGGAAUUUCUCCAUCCCCAGUGACAUCCCAGACUUGCCCCAGGACACCUUUAUCCAGUUUUCUGGAUGGACUAAGGGUCAGGUAUGGAUUAAUGGCUUUAACCUUGGCCGUUACUGGCCAGCUUGGGGUCCCCAGUUGACCUUGUUUGUGCCCCGGCACAUCCUGGUGACAUCGGCCCCAAACUCCGUGACGGUGCUGGAGCUGGAGCGAGCGCCCUGUGACGGGGACCCGCAGCUGUGCGCGGUGCAGUUCGUGGACAAGCCGGUUUUGAAGUAGUCGCGACUGCCGGUCAUCACCUGUCGGAUCACCACUCGCCAGCGGACCAUGGAUCAUGGCUGAAGACUGUGACCCCUUGGGGUUCUUGCACAUACCUCACAUUUCCCACUUGUAAUGCCAAUAUUUGAUUUGAGGGUUUGAUUGGGGAACAUAGAGUUUGUGUUUUCAUUUGAGGUUUCCCUGCAGCCUCGCGGUUCCUGGCCCACCGCUGUCUGGGGUCUCAUGGAUGGGGGGGUGUUGGGGGGCGGGUAGCACGUAUGUGUUUCUGUAAAGAGUUAAAAUAGCAGCUUUCCAUUUGUUUCUGAUUUUUAUUCUGGGAAAAUCAUGUCUUUUUGUUAAAUAAAAUUUGUACUCAGCCAGUGGUACUGUUUU